AAGAACAGAGAAGCCGUUUGGCACGAUAGGAGGAGGAGAUCAAGGUACAGAGGAGGCGCUUUUGGAAGAAGCACAGAAAAGGCGUGGCUGAAACUCUGAAGCAGAAGAGACAACCGAGGAAGAGGGAAGAGCCGAGAGCUUCGGUUUUGUGAACAGCUUCUGGCUUUGAAUAGGACUUCUGGUUCUUUGGAUGAGAAAAAAAAAAGUAAAAAAACUCCAUUAGAUGAGAAAGAGCUCCCGUUGAGAAGCAAAUCAGAGGGGGAACCUCUUCUUCUUCCUCUCUGUGAAAUCAGAGAGAGAGAGAGAGAGAGCCAGCAAAGAGAGAAGAAGUAAAAUUUUGAAGGGUGUAGAGAGGGUACUGUGCUGUUGCGGGCUUUAACAAAAGGAUGGAGAAAAUGCCCGCAUCAGCUCGGAAUCUUGAAGGGUUUAUAAAUGGAAAGUGCAAUGAUGAUUCUUCGGAGAUGGAUAAUUUUAGGCAUCACGUUGAUGAUAUUUUCCAGAAGGUUGAUAAGCUUGAGCAAAGAGUAAAUGAAGUGGAGAAGUUUUUUUUGAAUAUAAAUAAAAAGCAACUGACAAGUUCAAGAGGUAGUUCAGCUGGGAAGGAUAAAGAUAAGAAGAGAAACAUUCCUAGCAUUAGGAAGCAGCAGCAAGAUGCCUCGCAUAGGGAAGCAGCUGCUGCAAAGAGGAUGCAAGAGCUCAUGCGCCAAUUUGGCACAAUAUUGCGUCAGAUCUCACAGCAUUCAUUGGCACAUCCCUUUCUGCAUCCUGUAGAUGUGGAAAGUCUUGGUUUAGAUGACUAUUACGAGGUUAUUGAAAAGCCCAUGGACUUCAGUACCAUAAAAAAUCAGAUGGAGGCAAAGGACGGUACCGGAUAUAAACACGUUCGAGAAAUAUGUGCUGAUGUGAGACUAGUGUUUAAGAAUGCAAUGAAAUAUAAUGAUGAAAAAGACAGGGUUCAUAAGAUGGCCAAAACUUUGCUGGGAAAAUUUGAGGAGAAAUGGAUGAAACUUCUGCCAAAAGUCAUGGAAGAGGAAAAAAGACGAGAAGAGGAAGAAACCCAGGCAAAGUUGGAUAUGCAGCUUGCUCAAGAGGCUGCUCAUGCCAAAAUGGCUAGAGAUAUAAGUAACGAGCUUUUUGAGGUUGAUAUGCGACUGGAAGAACUGAGAGAAAUGGUUGUCCAAAAGUGCAGAAAAGUUUCGACUGAAGAGAAAAGAAAUCUUGGGGCUGAUCUUACUCAAUUGUCUCCGGAGGAUCUUACUAGGGCAUUAGAAAUUGUUGCUCAGAGUAACCCUGGUUUUCAAGCAAGAGCUGAAGAAGUGGACCUUGACAUUGAUGCUCUGAGCGAAUCCACGCUAUGGAGAUUGAUGAUUUUUGUGAAGGAUGCUUUGGAAGUUGGAAAGAAGAAUGCUGCAGGCACGGGCGACAACGGUAUCAAAGACAAACAAAAUAACCACGUCAAUGGUAAGAAGCGAAAGAAAGAGAUUUCUAAUGCUAUCAUCAAAACUGCUAAGAAGAAGAGUAAGAAGCCCUCUUGAUCAAAUCAGUCUGCUAGUAAAUGCAUUUCAGUUCUGAUGAAUCCUUGAUUGCAUUUUUAUUAAGCAAUUCUGCGGGAAGCAUUGCCUGGAACUUGUAAUAAGUCUGCAAGAAUGCCUAUGAAGGUUAGCAACUUCAGUUAACAAAUUUGCCCUGAUAUACAUGCUAUUUAGUUACUACGACCAAACUAAUCUUUUUGAGUUGAACGAUUCUACUAUCUGCAUGGCUAGCACAUGUAUAAAUAGUUCUCUUGAGCUUUCAAGUCCCUUUUUAGGUUGGUUUUUCUGAAUUUGCAACAGGUGUAAGGUUUGGCUUCUCUUUCAAGUCCCUCAUUCUUGGGUUGUUUAACACUUUGUUUGGUUUGAUAUAUAAAUCUUAUAAUGUUAUCUCAA